UAGUCGAUAGCGCAUCUGGCCGCAGGGGGAAGUGAUCCGCGCAGUUCCUUGGGCUUAAAUACACUUACACAGUUUCGAAUUCAAAGUUAUACGAGUUUAUGAGUUUUAUUACGCAGUUAACUUCUGUUUGGGACGCUUUUAUUGAGGCAUCCAUGUUUAUCUAGUCGAAGUCUCUUUUGUUUUGAUGUGAUGCAAUUUAGAUUCGGUUUUGCUACUAUGACCACAUGGGUUACCCCCACGGUCUUUCCUUUAUUUGAAUAAAAAAAAAUAGCGCAUCUCUUGCGGAACGCAUGAACGAUGAUAUAACCCAUGGUAGGAAAACGUAGAUGAAAAAAAUCCCUAGCGCUGUCACACAUCACACACACACGUAACUGCGGAACAGCUGAUUGCUGAAAGUGGCGAAAAGGAAAAUCAGCAUCAAUUGGGAGGUUACUGUGAAAUAUGUGAGAAAAAGGGUCAAUCACGUCGCAGCCUGAACGGUACUUGACUUAACAGCUUGGAUAUUAACAAGAAAAUACGAACAACGAGUACUAUAUCCUCAGAUGUGACAGAUGUUCGAUGUAAGAAAUGUCACAAAUUGAUAUUCAGGAUUUGUUUAACAAAAGCAGGUUUCCUAGCGUUUGGGGCCUUCUACUCGUAGUCUUAUAUUCGCCAGUAGGAUUUGUACUUGUGCUGCUGCGACUUUUGGUGGUGUUGCUGCUCUGGCUUCUAGCGUCGCUACUACCCGAUUGCAAUUCUCUUCGAGCAUUCUUAAGUUACGGCAUUAGAAUCGCUUUUGGCAUCGUAGUUAAGAUCGAUCCCGAGAGCGAGCCCCGAGACAAACAGUCGAGGAUAAUAAUCGCUAAUAAUGCAUCCGUUUUGGAUCACUUUGCUCUACGUCGCGCGACGGAAACGGUAGUCCCCAGCGUUUGGGAGCUACCUACUGCCUUGAGUAACACGCUGGGAUUACAAAAGAUGAAUAUGAACAGCAAGGAGACGCUAAUUGCAAACAUAAAACAAUUUCUUUCCACCUCGACGUACAGCGUGGCCGUGCAGCCCGAGUUCAGCACGACUAACAACCAGGUCGCUCUGUUGAAGUUCAAUUCCUGGCCGUUUAGCAUAGAAACAUCUGUCCAGCCAGUCGCUAUCAAAGCGUCGAGAUCAGAACUUGUACCUGUGCAUCUUACCUCGUUGGCUUCAACCUGGUUGACAGAAGUAUUUUGGUUUAUGUUCGUGCCCUAUACAGUUUUCACACUCAGGUACCUGAAAAUCAGACGAAACUCCGACCACGAGAUACUUGUGCGAGAAGUAGAGAAAGAUAUCGCGGAUGCUCUGGGACUUCAGACAUGUUCUCACACCGUAUCGGACAAAACGGAGUAUGAGAAGCGUUACCGCACGAGAAUACUCAGUAGCGCGCGUCCCAACAGAAAUACGCCAAACUCACAAGUUAUACAUAGUAUAGAAAUACAAAGGAUGGCUCGUCAAGUCAGCGAAGUACUUCCAUUGGUCCCACACAACGUGAUUCUGCGAGAUCUCAUGAAAACUCGAAACGUUGAUGUUACGAUCGCCAAUAUUCUUGAUGGCAUAGUUACUUACACUCCAGAACCCAAUCCCCCAGCUCAAUCGUCCGUAACGUCGUCCAGUGGAUCUUCUGCAAAGGACAAGGUAUUGGGCACUACUUCCUUCCAAGAGAAGAAAGCUAAAAUGAUACAAGAAGCCAGAGAAAGGUAUAUUAAGAAACAUGGACUGACAAAUUGCUGACAUUCUUACUACUGUUUUAUUCUGGUUAUAACACUGUCAUUAUAAUAACAUCUAUAUAACAUGUUUUACUGUUCAUGUAUUAUAUUUACUAUUACUUCAUGUGAAUACAUCUUUAUUUCUAAAA